AUGACGGAUCAUUGGGAGGAUUUUGAGGAGACCGAGGGGGCUGCGUUUGACGACGAGGAUGAUAUCGAAAAUGGACAAACAUCUUCCUUCGGCAUCCACCUCGAAGAAGAAGGAGGGGAGAGCGGGUACCAUACAAGGAAUCCUCUCGAAAAUCCUGAACAGCGAUCGACGCUUACAUCUUACGAAGGCAGCGUGGAUGUGCGGGGAAAUGCUUUGGAGACGAUUCAUGGGCAACUCGGCGCUGAUUCUACCAAGUUUGCUAGUUUAGUUGUUUAUGAAUUCCGAUUCACAGGGAUCAAAUGGAAGAGCCGCAUUCGUCAAGUGAGAAUCUCAGUGAAAUUUCGCAGCUCCACGCUCGGAGCUCGGGGGCCUCGGAUCCACUCAUUCAGCCCCCACGGCACAUAUGGGCUCCUGCCCGUCGACCAGGAUUACUCCGACUCACGCGAAAGCGAGGUCAACGCGCAAGUUGGGCAGACAUGCACCAACCUAGGUGGAUCCCUCAAGUGGACAACUGCAAAAAGCUAUACAAGUACCAAUUACACCCAAAUCAAAGGCGUGUUUCGUACUGAUGAAUACGGGUAUGACUACGGGGUCACAUGGAUAUUGAACGAGAACCCUACAACAAAAACAGGUGUUCCUACUUGGUUCCGCGCAGCAAUUAUCCUAGAGAGAGAGGAUGAGGAUAAGUUUGAAGCUGACGUUGAAGUUGCGACGGAGGUUGAUAAUCGAACGUGGAAGGAACGACUACGCGGGGUGAAGGAUCCAACCAACGAGCCCGUGUUGUAUAAUCCCCAAAUUAAGCCAACCAACAAGCUCCGCCCAGGAUAUGAUAUCAGUCAACUUGGCGAUAUCAAACCAGUUGAGUUUUUUGAUGCCUCUCUCCAAACUGUUUUGGGUGAUACGGGCAAGAAGUCCUAG